AUGUUCACUGUUACCAAAGUCCUCGUCGCUGGUCUUGCUGCCCUUGGUGCCGUCCAGGCCCUCCCUCAAACUGUCCGACCAUCUUCGACUCCUGCUCCAGCCGCUCCCGCCCCCGCUCCCGCCCCUGCUCAGGACCAGACCGCGCUCUUCCGCGAUCUCUCCGCGGCGCCCACUCUUGUGCAGCAGUUCCGACGACUUCUCACCAGUGGGGAGACUCUGCUAACCGGAGAUGCCCUGAAGAAGCUCAUUGUCUUCUCUUUCAACGGUGCCACGCCUGCUAAUGGCGCGAAAGGUGGAGCUACUAAGGCUGCCAACGUCGAGACCUUCCCCAUCCUGUAUAAGCUCGGCAUCUCCACCACCGUCGGCUUCCUCGAGCCUUGCGGAAUCAAUACGCCCCAUGUUCAUCCACGUGCCACUGAGUUCCUUACUCUUGUCGAAGGUUCCAACCUUAAGUUCGGCUACGUUCUCGAAAAUGGCCUUGUCAAGGCGGGCCAGAACCCCGAAAUCGCCGGCGCCUUGAACAAGUUCGAGGGUACCGUCUUCCCCCAGGGCUCCAUCCACUUCCAGUUCAACGACAACUGCGACAAGGCUACGUUUGUUGCGUCGCUGAACUCUGAGGACCCGGGAACGAGCCAGAUUGCGCAGAACUUCUUUGCGCUGAAUGCGAAUGUAGUUAAUGCGACGCUUGGUAUGCCUAAGACUAUUGAUGGCAAGAACAUUGAGACGUUCAGGAAGAUGAUUCCUGCCAAUCUUGCUCAGGAUGUUGAUACUUGCUUGGCUAAGUGCAACAAGAAGGGGUACUAGGUGCAACGAGAAGUAUCAAGCUACUCAGAUGAUGGGCUGGUCGGGAUGAGAUGAGAUGGGAAAUGGGAUGGGCUAUAACAGAUACGGACUGCAUCUUUGAGUUUUUUAGCACAGCGACGGCGU